AUGGCCUCUAAUAGCCGUCCUCCCGUGAAGCCGGAAAAGCCUUUUAUUCCUCCGUUGACACUUGAAAGCUGUGAGACCGGUGGUGGCUGGGGAGUUGGUGAGAUCUUCGCACGACUCCCCCCUGCACAGGAGCAGGCAAAGAGUCAAGAAAAACUCUACCGUGUAGCAAAGUCUCCUUCACAAGCCGGUAAUUCGAAGUCUCUGUCCCUGAAGCCAGCAGUAAAGGGUUCGUCGACGGUAUCGGUAGCGGCAACCAAAAAUGGUGUAAAUGGUGUCGCACAGAGCAUGUCCGGCGUUGUGCAUGAGCAUCCCUCAGGAGCUCGCGGUGUAGAUAGGAGUCUCACUGAAGUUCCCUAUGUAAGGGCCGACAGUGGUAACGGCGUCCCAGUAGUGGUUUACAACCACCAGAAAGAUGACGAUGACAACACUUUUAUUGAUCAUGGUAGCACUGCAAAUGGUGUCUAUGCGCAGAAGGCUACACCAAAUGGAGGAAAUUCCACUAAAGCGAUGUGGCGACCUUCGCAAGAAAAAACCCUUUCAGCUUAUCCCAUACCGUCGUGGACGAAUACACUCAAACCAAAUCCAGUCCAGAGCAUACGCGUCAAUAGUAAUUCUGCUGCUGCAAUAAACAACUCUAUUGCUGUGCCCGGGCCACAACUUGGUGUGGAGAAGCUACCUACCGGUGCCAAUGUGAAUAGCGGUGCUAGUGCCAGUCCAACAGCUGCGACUUCUUCGUUAGCCCUAUCGCUCCCUGCCAAAGAAGCAACCCUCAAGGCGGGUGGUCUGCCUAUCACCUCCGCUUCUGCGGACUGCCAGCGCGUGGUAAGCUCCUAUGGUAGCAGUGAUGUGGUUACGACAGUGUGGCGGCCGCCACGUAUUGUCUCAGAGUUGUUACUAGAUGCGCCCGCACGCGACUUGGCGGUUUCACCAGACGGUGGUGCCGUCUGGGCGGCGUUCGGGGACCACCCCCCGACCCUGUUUGAGGUGUGCAGUGAGAAGAACACGCUUGAGUCGGUGCGCUCCGUGAAUUGGGUGACGCAGGUGUACUGCAUGGCGGUGGUGCCACUUCCAACCGCCAAGUGGAUCACCUUUAAAUCGGUCACGGCGAAUGAGGGGCCGGAGCCCAAUCUUAACCCCAGCAGCUCUACGAAAAGGAAGGAUCGACAUAGCGCGAAGAAUUUCCACUUACACAGAGGUUUAUCGUCGUCGAUCACGGAUGACAAUCUUUGCACGUAUGCGCUGUGGUGUGGUCUGAGUCGAGGAAAUAUUAGCAUUGUCGAUCUUCACAACUUCAGCGACUCUGGUGCGAUCAAUGGUGCGCAUGACCAGGCUGUAAACAAAAUUUGGUAUUUAGAAAAUGGUCGAGUCUGGACCGCGGGUCGUGACAAGGCACUCAAGGUAUGGGAUCCUCAGACUCGACGCAUGCUCAAGAAACGGAACAUCGCGGCCGUCCUGUCUGACCUUUGUUACGUGCCCACCGCGCACCAGGUUUGGGCAAUCGCGGAUGACGCCUAUAUUCGUGUGUACGAAGCUGGGGGUAAUAACGUUCGGAUACAGAAGCGCCCUAUUGAUCAUGCCGAAAAUGCGCUGAAGAUGCGGAGCGAUGUCACCCUGAUUGAGUACCAUCAGGAUGGGAAUUUUGUCUGGGCGAGUAUGAGCAAAAGCACGGUGUUGAUAGACCCGCGUACAUUCGCUGUAAGCCAGACCUUACUAGUCGCCCUCACGGCACUUGUAUUUCACAAGAAGACAGCCAUUAUAUGUGGGCGUGGACCAUUGCUUCUGGAUAACGACGCCGAUAGCGUUGCUAUCCUUGACGUCACCAACCCGGUGGAGCCCUCUUUAUUGUUUUCCGGGUUCCGCGUAAACGCACCAAGCGGACUUGGGAUUCGCCUGCUUACGGCAGCGCAACCAUUUGCUAUCCUUGAGUACUACAGCACACGAAAUGAUAAAAAAACUCUUUGCAUGUUUACUUAUGAAGAGUUUAACGGUAGAGUGUAUCGUGACGAAGAAAAUAUUCCACCGCAACGUAAGGUAAAAGGGGGCAUGCCCAGCGUACCAUCCCAAAAUGUUCACCCGAUUUCUCCUGUUAAUGCUGCGGUUGGUAUCAAUAGUGGUGUUGCUGCCGCUAAUGUUGUUAACGCUGGUGCCGCAGCGAACAAGCAGCUCGUAGGCCGUGCUUCAUCGCCUGCUAGUUUGAUCACCGCCAACAACCACAUCCUCAACUCCAAUACACCUCAUGUACAUCCAACUCCAUCAUUAGUUCGCGCUGUCGUUCCCGCAUCCGGGCCCUCAACUAGUUUCAACGGCAACCUCCUCGUUGCCUCUGCUGAAGUCUCCUCUGCGCUUGACCAGAUGGACAGAAAGUUGGAGGAGGUAAGGAAAGCUGUCGCAAUCGAGCGGCGUGAGAAGGGGCCCUUGAGUGACUUUUCUAAGCUGCACAAUACACUCACCGGAUGGGUAGUAGAAGUCACAGACUACGCACUGCCCUCCCUACCGCCAGCUGUUGUGGAGGAGCUUAGCAGGGAGUACGAGACUCCGGAAGGAAAGGCGUUGGCAAUCGCCUUUGCGAGACUGCAAUGCGCUGUGACUGGAAGAAAGCAUCCUGCAGACGUGGCAGCAGGCGUCCAUGGAUCAGAGUAUUUUGCUGUCAUGCCGACUCCACAGCCGGCGACUUCUAACUCUAAAGUUAUCUCGACACAUCCCACGGCACCAGCUGUACUUCCCGCUCGCAUGUACGCCUAUAGCGAGAAUGGUUCCACCCCGCAGACACCAUCCUCUGAGGCCACCAAUGGCGGCUGUGGCGGCAGCUUCUCAUGGUCAGCACGUGCAGAUCUAAGCGCGAGGGCAGCAGAAGCUCAGAUUCAGGCGGGGGGCAGUUAUGCAGGUAAGAAUUCUAAUUCCUCGGAACAGAUCCUCCUUCAGCUUAUAAAGGAAGAACGACAAACUCAUCAGGCCCAAGUACAAAGCUUGCAACAGCACAAUUCUCGCAUUCACGCGCGUCUGGAGUCCCUUAUCACUGGCGUCAAGGAUUUUGUAGGUAGGACAGUAGGGUCUUAUCAAGAACUGAAAAGCAUACGAAUGAAUGGUCUGCCACAGGACACGCUCAUGUUCUACGACCGUUUUAUCGCAGUUUUAGAGCAGACACCACUCCUUUCCAUAAAUUCCUGCAGUUCUCGAGAGGAGAUUGCUGAUGUACUUCGUAAGCAAGCGGCUGCAUCUGAAACAAAUAUUCAUGCCCUUCGAGACUUUGUAUGUGCAUUAUGUAAAGCUUGCACGGUGGCUACCCCCAACUACGGCAACUCAUUUAGUCCCUUAUUUUCCCUCGACGGUUCACAACGCAUGCUAUUGCCACAAGCGCAGGCCUCCUUAUGGCCACACGAUCUUCCUCACAGCAACGCGCAGUCCCAUUCUGUCGAUGAGGCAUUUUCAAGUAGCGCGGGCAUAUUGUUGACGAAAACUCCACAAGCAUCGACGUCCCGAGGUUCCCCAGUCUUUAGAUGGGCGCAGAAUGAAACGGUGGAUCGCGCCAGUGAGAUUGAGUGGUAUUUACCAAGCAUUGCCUGCAGCGCUCUUUCCCAGGUUCAGCUUAUUCGUCUCAUCGGAGAGGUAGCCGCCAAUGUUGAGGAAUCUAUGAAGCAAGUGGAAGGCAGAUGGAACAUGCUUAAGCAGAGUCGCCGCCAGGUGAUGGAUGACAUCACUAAACGAUGUAGCGGAUCUAGCAAAGGUGAAGAGCGCCUGAGUCACACUGUUGAUUUAUCGGAGGACUUCAUGCAAUGCACGGCCGUAUGGGAUCUUUCUAUCGCCGAGAUAUUCAUCCGGAUGUGUAAAGACGAGGCAUCAUUAAUCAUAAUGGAGGCGUUAUUGGAAUGGCGGAGGGAUGCUCACCCUCGAUGCUCGACCUGCCAAACAGGUGCCUAUGAAAAUCCCUCCCAAAACUGGGUUCAUACGAUACUUAGUUCUGGAUAUCGCAAGAGGAGCAUUGCACAUCCUUACCUAUCGCGCGCGGAAGGAGCUGACAACCUUGCACGACUAUCGGGGGGUCUAUUUUGCCCUGAAUCUCAGUCAUGCGGUAAAGUGGAACGUGAUUAUGUCAUGAGUGGCGUCCCCAAUGAUGAUAAUAGUGAUGUAAACCAUAAGGGCGACUGGAUUAGUGACGACGACGCGUUUAACGCAUCGCGCGGCAGCGAAUCUAGUGCUACUUGGGUUGCAGCAUCGCAACAGGUUUCCAUGCUUUCACUGAGGAUGGAGUCCGUGGUUGCGAGCAUACGGACAUCACUGCAGCAGGAGAUCAGUUGCGGUGAGAAUGUUCUAAAGUCUUUGCCCGAGCAGGAGGCGCCGCUGUCGUUUUCUGUGUCUGAAUCCGGCGAAGAACCUGUCGCGUCACCGAAAGGUGCAGAAUCUAAGGGACUUAGUGCGGAUAAUGAAAGAGAAGACGAUUGCAUAGCAUUUAACAAAGAUCUAUACCUGGGACUGGCAGGUCCAGAGCUACGUCGUUUAGUCAAAACGCAUGCCACUCGUUUGGACGGUUUUCUGCAUUGGGCGUGGGUGGGCGUAUACCUUACAGCCUUGUGCCUCAACAGUAUCUGUGCAUUGAUUUAUCCAACCGCAUCAUCGUUAUCAGGGAAAGACAGCAGCUCAUCCUCUUCAUCACCACCCCUCUCACGCAUUAUAGAUACAGGUAACUUCCUCGUGAUCAACAAGAAGUUGAUCGACUGCGCAUACUUUCUAAGUAAUGUGAUGACCUAUAGCUAUGUGACGCGUUGCGUAUUGCUGGGAUGGCAGGCAUCACCAAAAUCUACCAUGUUGUCUGCAAAUAAUCCAGUACAUCAUGAUAGUUGCCAGUUUGGGAUUAGUAAUGCUCACCAAGGCCCAUUAACCAAUGUUAGCUGCGCUUCCACAGGAGGGCGUUCGUUUCCUAAUGAAACACUCCAAUCGCCAACAGGCGAGAGUGUUCUCUUGAACAGUAUGAAUUUCGACUCUACGUUAAGCAAUAGCAAACCAAGCAAAGACCACCAUAGCAACCUUAAGUGCACCUUUGGUCACUGUCAUUCUAACAGCACUAGUAUAGCAGCGUCAGACGAUGUAACAGUUUCUCGCGUGUGGGUUCGAAGAGACUUACGCAAGCGGCAGUGGAUCUCAUUGUUUAGUUUCUACACUCGACUAGUCCUGCAGCAACAGAUUCCGCCAGAGUUGUUUCUCCCAUCUGGCAAUGAGGAAGACGUUGAUGACGACAUUCAUGUUAAGCGAGUUUAUACGGAAAAUAAUGGCGUUACCGAUAGUGUGUCGCGACGCUCGGGUCGAUCUAAACAGGCGGCGCAAUCGCAGCAUGGUGAAGAUAAUUCUCAGCAAUCUGGUAAAUCUCGACAUGCUCGACGGAAUGAUAGUGAAUUGCAGCAAGUUACAUUCUAUCUUGGUAAAUAUGCAGAGAAGGUGAGCGCGCUUUUUGAAAUCGCGUCUAAUGCUUUAGAGAACUGCCACCAGCUCGAGAAGCGUAUGCAUACCAUAGGGCGGGAAAACAGUGGUGAUAGCAUGAGCGAUGCAGGCAGUAACAAGGAACGGGGGAAAAAUACUAAUGAAGGGUGCGCAGCCAAAAUAUCAAACACAGUCACUGUAUCUUAUGUCAGUGAGGCUGAGAGCCUGCAUGCAAUCGAUCCCAAGACUAUACUGUGCCACAUGUAA